CCGGGAUUGUCCUAUGCCCAACGCAACUUUACCUCGAAAACGACGUGCAGCUUAAAAAAAGCUUCCCGAGGUUUUUACAUCGUAUAAUCCCUCGCCAACGACAACAACUCCAGUCACAACGUAGCAACGACAAUCGCAUUUUGAAGGCCCACUCCAUGCCCUCAUGUUGCGGACAUCGUUGCGAUCUGUCAGGGCCGUAGGCAGCAGGCCUGUUGCUGCUGCUGUCGGCCAUCAAUGGCAGCCCGCGAUCGCACGAUCGGCUGGUGCAGCUGGGAGGAGAUACUAUGCCGAUAACAAGAAACCCUCAAUAAACGACUCUACACCCGCGAAACUGCCUACAUCUGAGACUACCACUGCUGCGUCGAGCGAUCCCCCCGCGCUGAAACCCGAAUCCAAGAUUGUUGAGGAAACAAUCGACUCUAAGGAAGUCCCGCAGACGCCGCCUCCGCCUCCGCCUCCGCCUGUAUCAGAAUCUUCCGUAGAAAAGGCCAGUCCUAAACCCACCCCACCCCCGCCGGCGCCUGCGAGAAAGAAGAAGGGAUUCUUCCGUCGAUUGUAUAAUUCUGUCGUGACUCUGAUACUCCUAGGAGCCAUAACCUUCGCUGGUGGCGUAUGGUAUUCACGCAUAAACGACAGAUUCCAUGACAUUUUCACUGAAUAUGUACCGUUCGGUGAACAAGCCGUGCUCUACCUCGAAGAGCUCGACUAUAAGAAGCGAUAUCCCGGAGGUCUGACCAUUGGUGGCCGGGAUAAGGAUACCGGGGCUCAAGUUAAAAUAUCGCCGCAAAGUGGCGCAUCUUGGAGAGUUGCAGACGCCGGCGAACCGGCAGGCAGACAGUCAAGUGCCAUGCGGCAUAUUGCUGCUAGCAAAGAUGCUGCCGCUUCAAAACACAAGAAAGAUGCUCCUGCUGAAGAGACGCCUGCGGCGAAACCUGCCGAAUCCAAGGAUGCAGCUCCGGAACCCACUCCCGCCGCGGCUUCUAAAGCCGUAGAGAAGACCGAAGCGCCGAAGAAGGAAACCGUCGGCUUCGUAGCCCCCGAAGUCGACGAGCCUUCUCGAUUCCCCCCUCCUACUCCCAUUGACCCUUUGACCGUCAAUGAUGCCGACGAGGCCGUAGUCCAGGAUCUAGUCAAGAUGCUUAACGAUAUUAUCACCGUUGUUAACGCUGACAACUCCGAUGACCGAUUUGCGUCCACUAUCGGAAAGGCCAAGAACGAACUUAACAAGGUGGGCUCCAAGAUCCGCGAGCUGAAGGCCCAGGUUGAAAAAGACGCUGCCUCGAAGGUGGCAAGCAAGGUUAAGGAGUUCGAAAAUGCAGCUGUUGAGUUGGUCAGUCGUGUUGAAAAAGCUAUGAAUGCGCAAGAGAAGCAGUGGAGGGCAGAGUUUGAGGAAGAGAUGCGACGCAUCCAGGAUGCCUAUGACUCCAGAAUCAAGACGGAAAUAGAGCGGGAAAAGCAGAUCAACGACGCAAAGCUUAACAAUCAGCUUCUCGAACAGGCCGUCGAUCUAAAGCGCCAGUUCUUAGAAGAAGUCAAAAACCGUGUCGAGGAAGAGCGGAAUAGCAGACUCGGCAAGCUAGAACAAUUAAGUAACGCUAUCAGGGAAUUGGAGAAGCUCACGACUGGAUGGAACGAUGUUGUCGACACGAAUCUUAAAACCCAGCAGUUGCAUGUCGCAGUCGAAGCUGUGCGUGCUAGUCUUAAUGACACCGAGCACCCACGACCUUUCGUUCGAGAGUUAGUCGCCCUGAAGGAGAUCGCUACGGAUGACCCAGUCGUCAACGCAGCCAUCCGCUCGAUCAACCCGUCGGCGUAUCAACGUGGCAUCCCUACACCUUCUCAAUUGAUCGACCGCUUCCGUCGCGUUGCGUCUGAGGUAAGGAAGGCCAGCUUAUUACCGGAUGACGCAGGCGUAGCUUCCCACGCAUCAAGCUGGCUGUUGAGCAAAGUUCUUUUCAAGAAGCAGGGCUUAGCGGCUGGUGACGAUGUUGAGAGCAUUCUCACCCGAACACAGACGCUUCUUGAGGAGGGCAACCUGGAUGCCGCGGCACGCGAGAUGAACGCCCUACAAGGGUGGGCUAAGACGUUGAGCCGAGACUGGCUGGCGGAGGUUAGGAAGGUGCUCGAAGUGCAACAGGCAUUAGACGUCAUCUCUACCGAAGCUCGGUUGCAGAGCUUAAGAGUAGAGUAAACUAGGGGACAUAAGAGACGGAAGCAUAUCCUUUUCUUUCCUUUUACUUUGUCACCUGUCCCUUGUACAUUCUACCUACUUACCUACCUCCUACCCAACCUACUUUACCCUUAUCUCUAGAGGAAAGAAAAUAAAGGGGGGACGGGAAGGGCGGCUGAUUAGCCUGUGUAUGAGAUAAUAACAAGCAAUAGACGGCAGGUAUAUCCUGCUUUUGAAAUGUUUUAUGUCUCGCAACGUAUAAGUGUGUAUGCUAAGAGUGACUUGUUGGUUUGGUAAAUAGUGUAGAUAGAACUAUAUCAUGAGGCAUGGGUGAUUUUUGCGUACUAUUGCUAAACUAGAAGAACC